GUUCACAUAAAGUUUUGACUUUUCAAACAGCUUUGGAAAAAUGGCGGCCCCCAUGACAUGGAGGAGACUUGUGUACUCGCUUUACACUCCGGCUGUCUCUGGAAUUUUAUCUAAAAUUUCGGACAAGUUCUGUAGGACACGUGAUAGAAGAAGAGGGUCCUCACUGCUGCUCCUGGCACCUCUCUUGGCAGAUACAGACUCUAUGGUGUCCAGACUGCCAGGCUCCACUGAGGGUCUCCACACACGCUUCCACUGGAUUGCUGACCAUGUGCCAGCAUUCAGAGUUCCAGGCGGGCACAUACACAUCCUUCACUCCCCCAAUGAGUUCUAUCAGGCUAUGAAGGAACGAAUCAAGACAGCCAGAAGUCGAGUAGUGAUCGCGUCCUUGUAUCUUGGCACAGGACCACUAGAACAAGAUCUUGUUGAGUGUAUGGAGCAGGCACUCGAACGUUCUCAGGAAGAAGCUUCUUCUGAUUUAAAAGUGUCUGUGCUACUUGACUACACAAGGGGAUCAAGAGGAAAGAAUAACUCUCGAACAAUGCUGUUGCCGUUGCUGCAGCGUUUUCCAGAGCAGAUGAGAGUGUCUUUGUAUCACACUCCAGACCUGCGUGGGCUGCUACGCCUCCUGGUGCCUGAACGCUUCAACGAGACUAUCGGUGUACAGCAUAUCAAAGUUUACCUGUUUGACAACAGUCUCAUCAUCAGUGGCGCUAAUCUGAGUGAGUCGUACUUCACUAACCGUCAGGAUCGUUAUGUUCUGUUAGAGGACUGCAAAGAGGUGGCUGAUUUCUUUUCGGAGUUAGUGGGAGCAGUGAGUGACAUAUCACUGCAGCUUGCACCCGAUGACAGCGUUCACAUGUCGGAGGGAAUGGUGCACCCUUACAAAGGUAAUCGGGUAAAUUUCUCAGCUUUAGCACAGCAGCAGAUUAUGGGCGUAAUGAAUUCAGCCAAGACACGACAGCACAUGCUGGAGUUGGAUUCCUGCUCAGAAGUGACAUGUGGAGAAGAGCAUAGUGACACCUGGGUCUUCCCGCUCGUGCAAAUGAAACCUUUGGGUAUCCAGUUGGAUGAGGAGGUAACGCGGAGACUGCUGACGGAGGCAGAUGGCGACUCCACAAUAUAUCUAACUUCAGGCUACUUUAACCUGACAAAAACCUACAUGAGACUAGUACUGGGAGCUGCUGCAGAUUAUCGCAUCCUCAUGGCCUCACCAGAGGUCAAUGGUUUUUUUGGGGCCAAAGGUGUGGCAGGUGCCAUUCCCGAAGCUUACAUUCACCUUGCCAAUCAGUUCUAUAGCAAGGUGUGUGAGCUGGGUCAACAGGAUAGAGUCCACCUACAUGAGUAUCAUCGGCCUGACUGGACUUUCCAUGCCAAGGGACUGUGGUACUACCUGGAAGGAAAUCCCCAUCCCUGUCUGACUCUUAUAGGCUCACCCAAUUUUGGUUAUCGCUCUGUGCACAGAGACUUAGAGGCUCAGAUAGCCAUAGUAACAGAAAACGAUGAACUCCAGACUCAACUGCAACAGGAGCAAGACAUGUUGUAUAGGAAAUCCACAGAAGUGUCCGGCACCACCUUUAAACAACCUAAUCGUUAUGUGAAGUUAUGGGUGAAGUUGGUCACUCCUCUAAUUAAGAACUUCUUCUGAGAUACUGCAAGCCAGAGUGGUUGGACCUCUUACAGUCCAUACCAGGUUGGUUAAUUUUAGACUUGGUGUUCUGACUAUGCUACUGAGGAGCCUCUGCUCAUUAUAUUAAAAGAAACAACCUUGAUUCGUUUCAUGACGUGAUGAAGUGAGUCUAAUGGAAAUCAGAUGUACUGUGUUAAACAGUCAGUACUGGGCACUGUAUCUGUAAAGCAGUACCACAUUUACCUAGACUUUUGAGAGACAAUGAAUUGCUUUUGUGUACAAGAAGACACACACACACAAAAAAAAAAUUGUUAUUUUGGUUUGUCUGAAGCACAUUCAAUGUUUCUUUUAAAUAUAAACGCACAUAAAGCCCAAGCUGGCAGAUAGUGGGUUCUUAAGAAUCCGCAAAGUCACUGCAGCGGUACCCCAAGCAAAAAUCUUGUCACAUAGCCGAAUGUAGAGUAGUGUGGAAAGACCACAGCACAAACAUAAAUUAUUCCAAUGCUUUCAGUCUUUAAGCACUGCCAGUGACCUCAUUCAGCCCACUGCUGAAAACAUCUGGAGCUGUUUUGUUCAUGUUGUCCGUAUUUCAGGCAUGGCCUACAUUUAAGAUGCAGAUUGAGAAACUCCAGCUCUAAAAAAAAAGCUUUACAUUAAUGAAAGGACGUUUACUGAUGUAAAUGAAAGGGUUAAACACUGAUGAAACGCAUAUAAGUUUUUCCCCUAAUAUACUGUUAGACUGCCCUCUUGUGGUGAUUUUGGAAAAUUGAAAUGUAUCCAUAACACAAGAACACGUUUGAUGUUAAUAUCCUUGUAAUUAAGGCAUACAAUCAAGAAACAAAUUAAUUUUGGUCAAGGAACGAACAAUUUAAUAAUCGAAUUGUGGCAUGAAUAAUAUAGCAAAAAAAAUUUAAUUUCUGUCCAGUUAUGCUGCACUAGACACUAAGAAGCAGACAUACAAAAGCUAACACCCAUUUAGUUGGUUUCUCUUUAGUUUUCAGAUUAAAGGUCCAAACGUAGGUGUGCCCACGCGUACGUGUUUUGUACACAGGACACUCGUAUACAUUCUUUUUCUCCUGGCGGUCAAUGGGAAUGGCAUUAAUGAAGAUCACUGGCAUAGCAGCUGUCAAAUUCCUUUGAAAAAAAAAAAAAGGCAUCAACAAUUGCAC